AUGUUAGCAAGAAAAUGUUUAGGUUGUUUAUUAUUAAUAAUAUUCUCGCUUUUGAUCGAAUGCGUAAUAACUGAACUAAUUACAUUGUCAAUAAUUGGUUCCGCGGUAGCGGCUGGUGGUUGGUACAAAUGGGACACCUUAAAAGACUAUACCAUUUGUAAACACAUGGAAUGUUGUAAUGAUGACCAUGUGCCUUUCGAUAUAAAUAAGUUAAAAUUAUCGCUAUCACAAAGGAUGUUCGGACAGCCUUUAGUAAAUGAGUUAGUACACAUAUUACAUGCCCAUAAAGAGGCUUUGAACAAUGAUAGUAAAGGUAAUAAGAAAGCUCUGGUAAUAAGCCUGCAUGGUUGGCCUGGUUUGGGCAAAAACUAUGUAUCCACUAUGAUAGCUGAAGCACUUUAUAAGAAGGGUAUGAAGAGCAAGUAUGUAAAGCUAUUUAUGGGAAUAAAAGAUUUUGACUGUAGUAACUUGAAUGAAAAGAAAAAAGAAUUGGUGGCUACGUUGAAUAAAUUAGUUAAAAGGUGUCCAAAAGCCUUGAUAAUAUUUGAUGAGAUCCAUGACAUGUGCCCUACAGUCUUAGACACAAUAAAGCCCAUGCUUGAUCAUCACCAUGCGGUAGAUGGAGUGGAUUACAGGAAUAGCAUUUUUAUAUUCAUUUCAAAUAUUGGUGGACCUCAAAUAGCAAACAGGUUGUUGGAACUUUAUGAGGAAGGUGUAAAAAGGAAUGAUGUUGGUUUUCAUGACUUUGAGCAAAUAAUUAGGACAACUGCAUAUUUUCAAGGUGGCUUUGAAAAAUCUGCAACUAUAGCAAAUCAUUUAAUCGACCACUAUGUGCCAUUUUUACCACUAGAACAGCAACAUGUAGAAAUGUGUGCACUUGCUGAAUUCCAUUCACGGUCUAUAUACCCUUCAAAAGAAAUGAUAUCCGAAGCAUUGUCUGUCAUUACGUAUGGUCCAGAUGAAGAUAGACCGAUAUUUGCCAACAAUGGUUGCAAGCGACUAACGAGACAGAUUCCUUACAUCAUUGCAAAGAACAAAGUAAACACUGAACUUUAG